AUGAUGAGGUUGUUGAAACCAUCGAAUUGUUUGGGAAUUCGAGCGUUCGCCGAUACCUAUGCAUGCCAGGAGCUUCUUCGCUGCGCUGACAAGUAUAUCUCCCAUAAUUUCCAGGACGUUGUUGGUAGUGAGGAAUUUCUACAACUUUCUGUUGAUCGCUUAAUUGAAGUAAUUUCAUGUGAAGAUCUGCAUGUACAGUCAGAGGAGCAGGUUUUCGCAGCAGUGCUUGAAUGGAUUAAAUUUGACCUGGCAGCUCGGAAACAGUUCCUCCCGAGGGUUUUGGAGCACGUACGGCUUUCGUUCUGUCAGCCAGAAUUCCUUGUCAACACGAUAGGCAAAGACGAGUUAGUGAUGACUGAUGUGGCCUGCCGAGAUUUCGUCGAUGAAGCGAAGGCUAUUGGAGGAGCAGUCAAUGGAGAGGCCCUCUCCUCCGUAGAAAAGCUUGAUCUUCGAGUAGCCAAUCCGAGUUGGGUACGCGUUGCUCCCAUGAGCAAGAAAAGAUUUGAUUCUGGUACUAACCAGUGGUCGAAUGACAUUCGUCCAACCUCCAUGGCACGGGCUGCAUGUGGUGUGGCUACAGACUACUGGCAUAUUUAUGCAGUGGGCGGUCACAACACUGUAAGUUGCUUGGAGGUAGUUGAAAGGUAA